ACGGUGCACCCAGAGAUCUCCCCAACAAUAUCGGUCAGUAGGCUGCAAAAUGGGAGGAAUUCUAUGUUUCGUAUUUUGUGCUUUACUUUACACAGUUUCUGUUGACGCUGCUUUUGGCAACUGUGAUAUUGAUAGUAAUUGUCCCGAUAAUGCCCAAUGUGACUCACCGGAAUGUGAGUGUCAGGAAGGCUUUGAUGAGAUCGACUUGCCGGGUAUUACAAUAGAUGGCCAAGCAGCGACAGUCUGUAUAGAUUUGGGCAUCUGCAGUCCAUUUGACAACGAAGUAGAUGACUGCGGAGAAAAUGGACAAUGUGCCAUUAUCCAGGAUGAACAUGGAUUAUAUAAAGCUGUCUGUAAAUGCGAGUAUGGAUAUAACGGCAAAUUCUGCGACGAAGUAAUCAAAACUACCAUAACACCAUAUUCAACGGCUGGCACGACCAAGAAGCCUAAACCGUGGAUUCUUCUUGGAGGAGGAGCAAUUCUGCUUGCUGUUCUCGCCGGAGGAGCUGCAGUCGCGGCGUCCUCAUAUGGCUAAUUGUCCUCAAGGUCCUCAAGAUCCUCAACAAAUGAUUCUGAUAAUGUCACGACUGGAAAUUAUUUUGAAUAAAU